AACAACAACAACAACAACAACAACGACGACGACGACGACAACAACAACAACAACAACAACAACAACAACAACAACAACAACAACAACAACAGUGCCAGCGGGCAGGUUGGUGGUGCCAGUGACCUAAGUGGUGAGAGUGAUGCGCUAUUUGUCGGCAUGAACGCGAGCUUCAACAUGGGUACAUCGUUUGGUGAUGUGUUUGAGGACGACGCGUAUGUGUACAAGCACGACAACGACGUGUUUGACCACCCGGCCGAUUGGAGCGUCCUUCGGACUGCACAGAACAGCAGCAUCGAUGGCGGUAUCGCGGUAAACGGUGAUAGCAGUGGGGAUGAUGGUGAUGAUGGUGGGGAUCAUGGAAAUGGUGGUGGCGAUGGUGAUGGUGAUGAUGAAUGCGAUCGCAGCAACGCCAACGAGGACCACCAAGAAGGGCACAACAGCGACCAAUGUGUUGACGGUGGUGUGGACCAGGACACGGCCCCAACCAGCGACGGCAAGCAAAUUGCUGCUGCUGCUGUGUGUGGUGACAUUGACGAAGACGACACGGCGUGGGACAUGGGCGCACCCGAUGUUGUUGAGGAUGUGACUCAAACAGCCAUUGAUCGCCGUCACAGCCGCACACCCACCACGGGCACAAACGCUGUGCCGAACAUACAUCAACAAGAGCAGCAACAAGAUCAGCAACAAGAUCAGCAACAAGAGCAGCAACAAGAGCAGCAACAAGAGCAGCAGCACCAUGAUCACCAAGUUGGAGGGCUUUCACCUGGACGCCCGCGCGCAUCUACAGUGACGGUGAUGUCGCCACUGCGGAAAGACAGCGGCACCACCAGCACCACCAGUGCCGGCAACAGCACCACCAGUGCCGGCAACAGCGGCAGCAACAUCACCAGCAGCACAGGUCAUAGCACCGUUGGUCGGCAGCGAAGUGCGAGCACGGCACUGUCGCCGCCAUCACCGUCGCGUCCCUUGUCAUCAUCAUCAUCAUCAUCAUCACCUGCCUCUGGGCGACCCAUCUCUGCUCUGCGCUCACCACUCUCUGCCAGUGGAAAGCGUGUGAUUCCACGCCGCAGACACGCAGGCAGCAGCCCUGCACCAGCUGCACGCACAUCUCUCAUCGCUGAACGCAUGCCGAGUGGUGUUGGCGUGGGUGUUGGUGCGUCAUCACAUCAUGGGAGUGCAAGCCCUGCACGCAGUCGCAGCCGCAACCGCACAAGCUACAGUGGGCAGGGCGGGCAGGCCGCCAGCCACCAGGGGCUUUCACGCACACACCCCAACGGGCAUCGCAGCAGCGUCAGCAGCAUUUGCAGCUCGACGAGCGCACGUGUCGUGAGCCAGUGGCGGCGGUCCCUCAACACACCUGGCGUCAACACGCAACAGCCAGGCGACAACUGCUCAUCUGCUGGUGAUAAUGCUCUAACAAGUACAACCGCCGCUACAAACACAACAACCACGAGCGCGACAAGCAUACCAACCACAGUACAAACGGCUGGGGACGCAUCAGUUGAGUCCUGUAUCACAGUAACAGAAGACACAGGUGCACAGACGGAAGCGGGUAAUGCCGCUGCUGCCAACGACCACGAAGCGGUGAAGCUGCGAAGGAAGCGCAACAGCAGGGCAGGUCAGCCAUCGUCCUCCUCACGGCCAAGCAGCUACCACCAGCAGAUGGCCCGCAUACGCCGAUCAAAGGUCACCUCUGACCUCUAAUGUGAACGAGCACGAUGAUGAUGAAGGGCGGGCGGUAGUUGGUUGGUUAUCGAGGUGGUGGUGAUCGCGGUUGGUUGGUAUUGAUCAUGUUGAUUAUGGCAACGACGAUGGUGCUGAAGGGAAUAGCUUGCCCUUGCCGAUGACGAUGUCGCUCUUGCCUUCACCGUUGUGCUGGCGACGGGUGCGACCAUCUUUCGAUUGUCGUCAAGCGAAAGGAGACACGCAUGAGUGCGUGCAAAGCAGUGCACUGCUUGAUAAAUUAACCUGUGUUCUUGUACAUAUUUCGAGGGUAUGGUUGACUUGGUCUUUGUCUCUUGUUGUCAUCGUUGCUGUCGUUGUAGACCUCAUCAUCUUCACACUGCCGCUUACUGUACAUAGGCAACAUAGGCAGCAGAGCAAAGCUGCCUUGUUUACCACCCACACAUAUGAUUGACUAACGUAUGCUUAUGCAAGGAAGCAAUGAGUGCUUGUGCUUGUUCUUUGACCGGACUUGUCGCCGAAAGCAUUUUCAAUUUCACCCUUUGUCUGCUUUGCUUGCAGUCUUUCUUGCUUCUAGUCGAUUUAUUUUCUCUUGUGUCUACUUGGAAGUGGCUUGUGUAAGACGAAGUGAACACGAUCUCGCUCA